AUGACGACGCGAGGCGCGAACGACGAUGCCCACGGGUCGGUGCCUCGAAUGGCGAACGCGAAUCGCGCGUUCGUGUCGCCGUACGUGGGCGCGAACGGCGCGAACGGCGCGACGCGCGCGCCUCCGUACGCGCGGCGCUCGGUGAAAGUCGCCGGGCGCGGGCGGGCGACCGCCCGGGACGAUGCGGCGCGGCGAUGCUUCUCGGCGCUGUACGCGAAGCGCAAGGCGGGCGGCGGCGGGAAGCAAAGGUCGGCGAAGACGUUCGUGGACGGCGUGGUGAUCGCGCGAGGCGCGCGCGAGCGGGCGGAGCUGUGCGAUAUGCGAGGGAAACGGGUGGCGAGAGGGUGCGCGGGGACGAUCGUGGAGGGGACGACGUGCGAAAUCGGACAGUACGAGGUGGAAAUCGGCGAGGCGGUGCGCGCGGAGGACGUGGACUCGGGCGCGGCGUUCUCGCGCGGCGGCGCGGCGGUGGCGCCGGAGAAGGUGGUCGUCGCGAACGAGCAGAAAGUGAAAUCGUUCGUGGCGCCGGUGCGCGGGAUCGGCGGCGCCGUCGGAUCGGCGACGACGUCGGAGGCGAAGAAGACGUUCGCGCCGGAGGCGCCGUUGCACAGCGACGUCGCGGACGGGGCGCUCGUGUUGUCGACGCUCGACACUGAUUUCCAUCGCAGAGAUUAUCGCACGGCGUGUGCGGUGGUGUGCGAUCCGUUCAUAUCGAGGUUUCUCCGCCCGCAUCAACGCGACGGCGUGCAGUUCAUGUACGAAGCCGUCAUGGGACUGCGAACGAGCGUGCACACGAACAGGGCGCACACCGGGUGCUUGUUGGCGCACGAAAUGGGUCUUGGUAAAACGUUGCAAGUCAUCGCGCUCGUGUGGACUUUACUCAAGCAGUCACCGUUCAAGCGCGGCCAACCGACGUGUCGACGCGUCGUCGUGUGCGUGCCGGCGUCGCUCACGGGGAACUGGGCCUUGGAGUUUCGCAAGUGGCUCGGCGAGGAACGCUGCGAUCCAAAAGUCGUGGAAGGCGGUGAUAAGGAGGCGAGAAAGAGUUUCGAGGAAUUCGCGCUUCCAUCGCAGCGCAGAUACAACGUGUUGAUUACAUCGUACGAAACCUUGAGAGCGCAGGCGGACGUCGUCGCGAGGGCGAACGUCGACUUGCUCGUGUGCGACGAGGCGCAUCGCCUGAAGAACGCGACGCAGUCCACGAAAGGCGCGCAAGCGCUCGCGUCGCUCAAGUGUCAUCGCAGGGUGCUUCUGACGGGCACGCCGAUUCAGAAUAACUUGGACGAGUUGUGGGGUGUGAUGGACUUCGCGGCGCCCGGCUUGCUGGGAGACCUCGAUUCGUUUCGCAAAAUUUAUUCCGGGCCGAUCGAGAAAGCGAGCGAGCGUGGGGCCAAGGAAGAAGUUGUGCGAAUCGGUAACGCACGUCGCGAAGAGGUCGGUCGUUUGAUCGGCCCUUUCAUUCACUCGAGAAAAGCGGAUGAGAUCAACGCGUCGCUGCUGCCGCCAAAGACCGAGUACGUCGUCUUCGUUCGACUUUCUGAAGUGCAGAAAGGCUUGUACGUCGACCAACUCAAGCAAAAGUCGAUGCUUUCGAUGCUCGGGCGAAUCGGCAAGACGCAAGAUGCGGAAUCCAUCUCGCCGCUUCAGGCGAUUCAGACGCUGCAAAAGCUCUGCAACGCGGCGGCGCUCGCGACUGAGGUGAGCGAUCCGGUGGCUUCGUCGAGCAAACUCGCCGUGUUGCGCGCCAUGUUCCGGGCGCUCGCCAACGAUGAACGCAUCGUCGUCGUCUCUGGCUUCACCACGACGUUAGACCUCAUCGCCAAGCUUUGCGAGAGCGAGCACCUGAAGUAUGAUAGAUUACAAGGUUCCACGCCGCCGAAAGAGCGCACGUCCAUUGUUCGCACGUUCAAUAAUUCUGGCAAGAUUUUGUUGCUCUCCACGAAAGCUGGAGGUGUCGGGCUUAAUCUGGUCGGAGCGAACAGAUUGGUACUAGUCGACUCGUCGUGGAAUCCCGCACACGAUUUGCAAGCCCAGGCGCGCGUGUGGCGAGAAGGUCAAACGAAACCGUGUUCCAUCUAUCGCUUGCUGAGCACGGGAACGAUCGAGGAGCGCAUGUUUCAGCGCCAAGAGCUCAAAGGCGCGCUCGCGCGAACGCUCGGAUUCAAAUCAACUUCUGGUAACAACAACUCCGCCGGAUCGAGCUCCAGCACGUUCACGCAAGCCGAACUGCGAGACCUGUUUUCGUACGUCAAGGACACGCGGUGUGACACCGCCGACCGGAUCGCCGCCAUGACGGGCGAGACGCCCGACCACUGGCGCGUGGAUGCAUCGACGACCACGACCGAUCCCUUACUCAUCAACGCCAUGAGGAGCGAUCUCAUAUCGUUCGUGAGUGAGCUUCCGUCGAACGGAACGACGAUAGAUGCGCAAAUUCACGACGCCAACGACGACGCCGACGACGAAUAA